AUGGCAAAUUCACCAAACGACAAUGCGUUCUUGAUUAAAGACCUUAAAGCUGGAUUAAAAAAUAUUAAUUUGGUUUUCAUCGUCCUGGAAACUGGUCGCGUGUCUAAAACAAAGGACGGACACGAAGUGCGUUCCUGUAAGGUAGCUGACAGGACCGGAAGUAUCACCAUAUCAGUGUGGGACGAGGUGGGCAGCCUGAUUCAAACCGGAGACAUCAUUCGACUCACUCGAGGAUAUGCAUCUCUCUUCAAAGGCUGUCUUACGCUGUAUAUUGGGAGGACAGGAGACCUCCAGAAGAUCGGAGAGUUCUGCAUGAUUUUCUCUGAGAUUCCAAAUUUCAGUGAGCCCAACCCAGAGGUGCUGGCAAAAAUAAACCAAAUAAACAACACCCACGGUAAAACAGAGGCUCACGGCAGCAAUCCUUCUCUAGUGAAUCCCGGGCCACCUGCUGGACCUACAGUGAAUGGCCAGGCUGUGUAUUCCUUUUCUGCUGGCUCUAGAGAGGGCUCUUUUGGUUCAGGUGGCCGUCAUCUGAACCGCAGCCAUUGGAACAGCGGCAGUGCUUCUUCGGGUUCAGGAGGAGGAUAUGGCCCAAAACCUCCCAUCUCCAUCACCAAUGGACGGGACCCUCGCAGAGUGCUGAAGAGAUGAAGACAGGCUAUAUUGUACUUAUUUUUCAAUUUUUCAAUUUUUUUUAUUCACAGCUGAACUUUCGUUUGUUGGUUGAGUGUGUUAAUAAUUUCUUGAUUUCUGGACUGAUGAAAUUUUGCUGAAUAAAGACAUGGACAAAUAAAAUAACUCAAAAUCAUUAUCAUGCCAUUUUUGGUCUUUUAAGGGUUAGACAAUUGGAUUAUGUAAAUGUUGGUUGUACGUUUCUGUUUUGCUCUUGUUUUGAGGUAAGAGAGUUUGCUCACGGUGCAUAAAAUAGAUAUGUGCACUUACUCAGUUAGUCUGAAAUACAAAACCCCAAUAUGGCAAAGAGGGCUUUUAAAUAUGGUGUGCUAAAAAUGUUA